AAAAAAAAUAAAAAUAAGAGAAAAAAAAAUAUGGGUAGCGACUCCAAGAAGAAGGUGGCCGUUGCCGGGCUUGCCUCGAUCCUCCUCGUGGCCAUGUGCGUGGCCGUGGCCGUCGGUGUCACCAAAAAGGGUGGCGAAACCUCCUCUGACUCCUCAGCCUCAGCCUCUGGCGGCAUUUCUGCCUCCACCAAGGCUGUUCACGCUAUAUGUUCCCCGACUGACUACAAGGAGACGUGCGAGGAGAGCCUUUCGAAUGCCAACUCCACUGACCCCAAGGAGCUGAUCAAGGCCGCCUUUGAGUCCACUGUGAAAAACAUCGAGGACGCCAUCAAGAACUCGGACCUCUUCAAGAAGGCCGCGGAGGACGAGCGCACCAAAGGCGCCCUCCAAGUCUGCGACGAGACUCUCGACACCUCGAUCGAGGACCUCAGGCGCUCGUUCGAAAAGGUUAGCGACUUUGACGUCAGCAAGGUCGGAGACUACAUCGACGACGUUAAGACCUGGCUUAGCGCCUCCAUCACCUACCACGAGACCUGCCUCGACGCCUUUGAGAACACCACCGGUGAAACGGGCGAGAAGAUGAAGAAGUUGUUGAAGACGUCAGGCGAGCUUCUGAGCAAUGGACUGGCCAUGGUGACGGAUUUCUCCUCGAUCUUAUCUUCCCUCGACUUGGGUAGCUUCACGAACCGCAGGCUCCUAGCGCAAGGAGCUAUGCCUUCGUACGUGGACUCCAAGGCCCGCAAACUGAUGGCUGCAUCACCUGCGAGCCUAAAGCCGAACGCGGUGGUGGCCCAAGACGGUAGCGGGCAGUACAAGACAAUCGGAGCAGCCCUCAAUACCCUGCCUAAGAAGAGCAACGCGACAUUUGUCAUCUACGUCAAGGCCGGCAUAUAUAAGGAGACCGUCAUCAUCCCCCGCCACGUCAACAAUGUUGCCAUUAUUGGUGACGGCCCCACAAAGACCCGCAUCUCUGGCAGCAAGAACUACGCCGACGGCACCCAGACCUUCCACACUGCCGUCCUUGUGGUGAACGGCGAAGGGUUCUUCGCCAAGGACAUCGGCAUCGAGAACACGGCUGGUCCCGAGAAGCACCAGGCAGUGGCAGUCCGCGCUUCGGGCGACAAGGCCGUGUUCUACAACGUGCACAUGGAUGGGUACCAAGACACGCUCUACGCCCACGCGUACCGCCAAUACUACCGCGACUGCACGAUCACGGGCACGAUCGACUUCAUCUUCGGUGAUGCAGUGGCCGUGUUCCAAAACAGCCGACUGGUGGUGCGGAAGCCGAUGGACAACCAAGCGUGCAUGGUGACUGCCCAAGGCCGCAAGGACAAGCGCAGCCUCGGUGUCACAGUCAUCCAGAACUGUGACAUCGUGGCCGAGCCUGGCUUCCUGGCAGUGAAGCCGGUACUAUCGGCUUACCUGGGCAGGCCGUGGAAGGAGUUCUCGCGCACCAUUAUUAUGCAGUCGAACAUUGACGGGUUCAUAGCGCCCGAGGGGUGGUCUCCAUGGAUGGGGACAUUCGCGCUCGACACGCUGUACUAUGGGGAGUAUCAGAACCGUGGGGCCGGGUCGAACCUAGGGAAGAGGGUCACGUGGAAGGGGAUUAAGAAGAUCACGCCCAAGAUAGCAGAAAGCUUCACCCCGCAAGUAGUGUUUGCUGGGGACGAGUGGAUCAAGGGCGCUGGCGUGCCUUACGUGCCCGGCUUCGUGCAGGUUUAAACAUUAUGUCUCAUGUGAAAUGAGUGACCCGUGAUUAUUGUUACUUUUUUUUUUUUUUNUUCCUGUUUUUGAUGCUUUUGUAAUGUGUGGUUUCAUGUGCUUUAUAACAUGAAAUGAUUUCCGGGAUUUUAUAUUAUCUCGAUCGAGUUUUCUCAGUUUAGUUUGUUGUGU